CACAAAACAGGGUGGUUGGGGCAGGACAGGGCAGGGGCCUCCUUCCUCGCUGCCCGGAGCCCCGCUCGGCCCUCCCGCUCCGCCUGCCGCUGGGCGGUUUCCCGAGGAGCCUCGGAGACACAGAUGUUCAAUAAGACUUGUAUGUCACGCACUGAAGUUACCAUCUCAGACCUUUCCUCUGUAAAUCCUGCCGUAAAAGAACUUAGAGAUUCAAGCUUAUAAUUGAGCAUGAGUCUUCUUAUGAUUAGUGAGAAUGUAAAAUUGGCCCGUGAAUAUGCAUUGCUGGGAAAUUAUGACUCUGCAAUGGUCUAUUAUCAGGGAGUUCUUGAUCAAAUGAACAAGUAUCUAUACUCAGUCAAAGAUACAUACCUCCAGCAGAAGUGGCAACAGGUUUGGCAGGAAAUAAAUGUGGAAGCUAAACACGUUAAGGAUAUCAUGAAAACACUAGAAAGCUUUAAGCUAGACAGCACUCCAUUAAAAGCUGCACAGCAUGAGCUUCCAGCGUCUGAGGGAGAAGUCUGGUCCCUGCCUGUACCUGUUGAACGAAGACCCUCACCAGGACCUAGAAAACGCCAGUCAUCUCAGUACAGUGACCCUAAAACACAGAGUAACCGUCCAAGUGCAACUGUCAGAGUUCACCGUCCAUCCGCACACAGUGUUCACAAUGACAGAGGGAAAGCUGUUCGUUGUCGAGAAAAGAAAGAACAGAAUAAAGGAAGAGAGGAAAAGAACAAAUCACCUGCUGCAGUUACAGAACCAGAGACAAAUAAAUUUGAUAGUACUGGAUACGAUAAGGACUUAGUAGAAGCUUUGGAAAGAGAUAUAAUUUCUCAGAAUCCCAAUGUUCGAUGGGAUGAUAUUGCUGAUUUAGUAGAAGCUAAAAAGUUGCUUAAGGAAGCUGUGGUGUUACCAAUGUGGAUGCCAGAAUUCUUCAAAGGCAUUAGGAGACCAUGGAAAGGAGUGUUGAUGGUUGGCCCACCUGGCACAGGAAAGACCCUCCUUGCUAAAGCAGUAGCUACUGAGUGCAAGACAACGUUCUUCAAUGUCUCUUCAUCAACUCUGACUUCCAAAUACAGAGGAGAGUCUGAGAAGCUUGUUCGUCUUCUGUUCGAAAUGGCUCGAUUUUACUCCCCAGCCACCAUAUUUAUUGAUGAGAUAGAUUCCAUUUGUAGCCGCAGAGGGACUUCCGAAGAGCACGAGGCAAGCAGAAGGGUGAAAGCCGAGCUGCUGAUUCAGAUGGACGGUGUUGGAGGUGCUUCUGAAAAUGAUGACCCUUCCAAAAUGGUUAUGGUUCUGGCAGCUACUAAUUUUCCCUGGGAUAUUGAUGAGGCUUUAAGACGACGUCUUGAAAAAAGAAUCUAUAUUCCAUUGCCAUCAGCAAAAGGCAGGGAGGAGCUAUUACGAAUAAGUCUACGUGAGCUGGAAUUGGCUGAUGAUGUUGACCUUGCAAGUAUAGCAGAAAACAUGGAAGGUUAUUCAGGUGCGGACAUUACCAACGUGUGCAGGGAUGCAUCCUUGAUGGCAAUGAGAAGGCGUAUUGAAGGUUUGACCCCAGAAGAAAUCAGAAAUCUUUCAAGAGAAGAAAUGCACAUGCCUACAACUAUGGAGGAUUUUGAAAUGGCUUUAAAAAAGGUUUCUAAGUCAGUAUCUGCUGCAGACAUUGAAAGAUAUGAGAAGUGGAUAUUUGAGUUUGGAUCAUGCUAAAUUCCCACAUGUAAACUGUGAGAAACCUGCAUUAAGUGUUUGAAUAAUAAUUAAAAGUAGUAUGUCAUUG